AUGUUUCAGGAUGAUCACUGUUUGUGUCGAGGGGAUGGUUCUUCUUUGCAACAGAUUGAACAUCCGGAAUCAGGAAUUCCCUCCACUUCAAAGUUAAACGAAAGCCAACAAAGCAGGGGCCUGACAGUGAUGGUAGUUGAUUCAUCUGAAGAGAUCACUGUUUGUGUCGAGGGGAUGGUUAUUCUUUGCAACAGAUUGAACAUCCGGAUUGAGACCCCGAAAUCAGGAAUUCCCUCCAACUGUUUGUGUCGAGGGAUGGUUAUUCUUUGCAACAGAUUGAACAUCCGGAUUGAGACCCCGAAAUCAGGAAUUCCCUCCAAUUCAAAGUUAAACGAAAGCCAACAAAGCAGGGGCCUGACAGGGACUGUCCCUGCUUUGUUGGCUUUCCCUCCAAUUCAAAGUUUAACUUUGAAGUGGAGGGAAUUCCUGAUUCCGGGGUCUCAAUCCGGAUGUUCAAUCUGUUGCAAAUAA